UAACCGAACAGCUUUAAGCAAGGGAUAAAGGAUCAUGUGGUAGGACAACUGGAAGCCAUAGAAAAAGAAAGAAGCAGGACUCUCUAACAAAACCAUCACAAUUUCUAAAUCUAAUGGCGACUCCUGUAAAAGUAUACGGCCCGCCACUUUCCACUGCCGUGUCUAGAGUCUUGGCCUGUCUCCUCGAGAAAGAUGUCGAGUUUCAGCUCAUUCCAAUUAACAUGGCCAAAGGCGAACACAAGAAGGCCGAUUUUAUCAAGAUUCAGCCCUUUGGCCAAGUACCAGCUUUUCAAGAUGAGAACAUCUCACUCUUUGAGUCUCGAGCCAUAUGUCGUUACAUAUGCGAGAAGUACAAAGAAACGGGCAACAAGGGAUUGUACGGGGCAAACCCUUUGGCAAAAGCAUCCAUAGAUCAAUGGUUGGAAGCUGAAGGGCAAAGCUUUCAGCCUCCUAGCGCUGCACUAGUGUUUCAACUAGCAUUUGCGCCUCGAAUGAAGGUCAAGCAAGAUGAGGGUUUGAUCAGACAAAGCGAAGGGAAGUUGGCUAGUGUUCUCGAUGUUUAUGAAAAGAGGCUGGGGGAGUGUCAAUUCCUGGCGGGGGAUGAAUUCUCUUUGGCUGAUCUUUCUCACUUGCCCAAUACGCAUUAUUUGGUGAAUGCAACUGACAGAGGAGAGCUCUUCACUAGUAGGAAGAACGUGGGGAGAUGGUGGGGUGAGAUUUCCAGCAGAGAAUCCUGGAAGAAGGUGGUUGAAAUGCAGAAGAGUGGCUGAAUUUGGUCGCUGUGGAUGGUUGAUGAGCUUUAUUUUGUAUAUUUAUUUAUUGUAAUUUGUUUUGUUUAAGUUCUGGCUACAAUAGGAGGGUCUCUUCUCUUAUGUUAUGGAUUUUCAAUAGAUCAAUAAUUUCAUUGGAUUA